AGAGACAGAGAGAAGGACAGCCAGUCCCCAGCUGGCGGAGUUAGAGGAAGCCUCCGAGCCGCACCUCCACCUGUUUCCACCAGGGACAUGCUGGGCAGAGCCGUGGCCCCGUCGUCGUCGUCGAGCCCCAGCCUGAUGUUCAGACGCCAGCGCGGAGUUUGACUGCGUGGAGCUCGUCCCGCUCCUCCUCCUCCUCCUCCCGCUCCUCUUCCUCCUGCUGCCGCUGCGUGUCUCGGUUUCUCGGGGAUAACCGCCGGCGGGAUGCAGGUGAAGAAGCCCCGGGACUCGGAGCGCAGCAGCGCGGCCGUGCUGGAGGGAGACGGCCUCCGCAAGAACUCGUCCUGCUUCUCCAACAUCAAGAUCUUCCUCAUCUCCGAGUGCGCGCUCAUGCUGGCGCAGGGCACCGUGGGGGCUUACCUGGUGAGCGUGUUGACUACCCUGGAGCGGCGGUUCAACCUGCAAAGCGCUGAUGUCGGAGUGAUAGCCAGCAGCUUCGAGAUUGGCAACCUGGCGUUGAUCCUGUUUGUCAGCUAUUUCGGAGCCCGAGCGCAUCGGCCGCGUCUGAUCGGCUGCGGGGGCAUCGUCAUGGCCCUCGGCGCCCUUCUAUCCGCUUUACCCGAGUUUCUGACGAGUCAGUACGAAGUUGGGGAAGGACUGUGGAGGACUGACAUGGGUCGGGAUGUUUGUGCCAACAACAGCAGAAGGGACGCUCAGUUGGGGGACACUUUAUGUACCAACAAAGCCAACACCAACAUGAUGUACCUGCUGCUGAUUGGAGCUCAGGUCCUGCUGGGGAUUGGAGCCACACCAGUGCAGCCCCUGGGGGUUUCCUAUAUCGAUGAUCACGUAAAGAAGAAGGACUCUUCCCUCUAUAUAGGAAUCCUCUUCUCCACUCUGGUGUUCGGACCCGCCUGCGGCUUCAUCCUGGGCUCCGUCUGCACCAAGUUCUACGUGGACGCCAUCUUCAUCGACACCAGUUCGUCUGCAGGUAAGCUGGGCAUCACCCCAGACGACCCUCGCUGGAUCGGGGCCUGGUGGGCCGGCUUCCUCCUGUGUGGUGCCUUACUCUUCUGCUCGGCCGUCCUGAUGUUCGGCUUCCCGCAGUCGCUGCCGACCAAGGAGAAGGAGGAGGGAACGGAGAGCGAGCAAGUGAUGCUGCCUCCUUCUCUCAGUCCCGAGUAUGAGACUCCAAAGCCCAGCAAUGGAGCGGCGCUGGGCCAUGAGCCUGUCAGCAGCGCCACCUGCUGCCAGCAGCUGAGAGUGAUUCCCAAGGUGACCAAGCACCUGCUGUCGAACCCGGUGUUCACCUGCAUCGUCCUGGCGGCCUGCAUGGAGAUCGCCGUGGUGGCCGGCUUCGCAGCUUUCCUGGGGAAAUACCUGGAGCAGCAGUUCAACCUCACCACCACCUCAGCCAACCAGCUGCUAGGUAUGACGGCCAUUCCCUGCGCCUGUCUGGGGAUCUUCAUGGGCGGCCUGCUGGUGAAGAAGCUGAACCUCUCGGCGAUGGGAGCUAUCCGCAUGGCCAUGUUGGUGAACCUGAUCUCCACUGCCUGCUACGUCUCCUUCCUGUUCCUGGGCUGCAACACGGGCCCCGUCGCCGGAGUAACGGUCCCAUACGGCAACGAGACCUUACGAGUGGGAGAGAAACCAGAAGCUCCGUGCAUCAGCCACUGCACCUGCUUCACCUCCUCCAUCAGCCCCGUGUGCGGCUCCAACGGCGUCACCUACCUGUCCGCCUGCUUCGCCGGCUGCACCCGCACGGGAAACUCUCGGACCAUGUCCAACAUCUCUCAGAACCUGACGGCAUGUGGCUGCGUAUCUACUGAAAGCGGGCUCGGCACUGCAGUUCCAGGCAAAUGUCCCGUGCCGGGCUGCCAGGAGGCUUUCCUCAUCUUCCUGUGCGUGAUCUGCGUGUGCAGCCUGGUGGGAGCCAUGGCCCAGACUCCCUCUGUCAUCGUCCUAAUCAGGACUGUGAAUCCUGAGCUGAAGUCGUACGCACUCGGAGUGUUGUUCCUUCUGCUGCGACUCGUCGGAUUUAUCCCCCCUCCUCUGAUCUUCGGUGCUGCGAUCGACUCCACUUGCCUUUUCUGGAGCUCGGACUGCGGCGAGAAGGGCGCCUGCCUGCUGUACAACAACGUGACGUACAGGCAUCUCUACGUGAGCCUCGCCAUCGGUCUCAAGGGCGUGGCCUUCCUCCUCUACGCCACCUCAUGGUACUGCUUACGCAGGAACUACAGGAAAUACAUCAAAAGUCACGAGGGCCACAUGACGGCGGCUGAGUUUUACCCGUCGCUCAGCGACGGCCCCAAACUCACAGACAGGACAAAGUUCAUAUAUAACCUUGAGAACCAUGAGUUUUGUGAAAAUAUGGAGUCUGUUUUAUAAGGACAACGUGGACUUAAACAUUCUCUCAAAGGAACUUUUGAUUCUUCUUUUCUUGAAAGGAUAAAGACCCGUUAGGCUCUGAGGAGACGUGCUCUGCACUGGGCUCCGCACACUUUCCCAAAGGGUCCACGGUAGUUUACCAGACAGCUGUCGUCAAGUGUCGCCAGUGAAUUCCUGUGUUGACUUGGUGGUAGGAAACAACUACAGAUCCGUCUGGCUCGGCCCCACUCCUUCGUUAGUGAGUGGACUUGCCGCUACUAUGGCUGUAAUCGCCGUACCGGACCCAGUCAUGACUGGUGAUCUGUGCGACGGGUUUCUUUUAAUCCGCACUGUGUUCAUUCACUCUCAAACAAAACUAAAAUAAACACAAAAAAAAAACAGGAGAGCUUUACAUGGUUAAACACAAAACAGUUGGGUUCUUCAGUUGUUUAAAAGUUGCCAAGUGUUUACAUACUAAGUAGUUUAACAGUUACUGCAGUUUACUUCAAUGCAGGGUGGUUUCUUAAAGCCACACUGUAACAAUACCACGUCUGGCCAUGAGGGGGCAGCAUAUCACGUAAACGCCUGGCCUAACACACCAGGAAGUAGCGCACCUCUGCUGGGACAAAGUUGUAUUAGAAGAGGUGCCGGACAGUCUUCACCCAUUAACACUGAAUUGUCGGUGGCUCUUGUGUCGACACAGAUCAAAUCUGCCCCCGGGUGGUCAGAGCUGGUAUUGCUACGAAGAGCGGCUUUCGAGAAGAGAGACCAGAAGCACCCGAUGCGGGUUAUUAUAGUGGCCUAUUAGAUGUUUCACUUUCUUGUUCUCUUGCUGGAUCGUAGACACUGUUUUUGAUACUUGCUCAGACUGGACUGCAAAGUCUUGUCUUACAGGUGCAAAUGUGCAAUUUUCACAUCUGGUAUUUUCACAUUUAUUACCAGUCUUUUUGUCAAAUCCACAGGCUUAUUUUUCAUAGUAGCGUUUUUGUCUUUUUUCAUUUUCACUUCAGUUUUUACAUCUGCAGAGUCUACUCGGCCUAACAUGUCUUAAUAAAAGAUUAAUUAAAUAAGAAUCACUUAUUUUCGUUUUAGUUUCUGCACCAAGCAGAAGAGCAAUUAGGAAACUCAAGAGUAAUCAUUUUAUGUGCUUCAACAUUCAUGUUGUGAUGUGAUGCGCUUGCGUUAUUAGGCCCAGGAUAUUUUAUUAGCUUGUGCUUAAAACGACAGUAGAAAUCAUGUAUAAUCUAAUUGUUGGGGACACGCGUGAUGUCACAGAAGAUUUGGGAAUAUUUAUAGUGAGGAAGACGAUAUGUUGCAUUAUUGUUGGCAGGAAGAAAAGAAACACGGUCCGUGUCUUCAAACCGGGGCGUAAUGUUUAAGGUAAAGGCUACAGAAACCACGCAGGGGACUGUGCACAAAACAAAUGGCAUUUAACUUAUUCCUGUAUUCGAACAAGACUCUGCACACGUCACAUGUUACUUUACUGAUCUCUGCAGUUGCAGUUUUGACGUUGUCUCUUUUCUUACACUUUUUUUGUAUGGCAACAUAUCAUUUAUUUUACUGUGGAAAUAAAUAAUUUUUCAGAAAAA